GAGUUUAGGAGGGUUUAGUUUAGCCUAAAAUGAAGUUGUGAUGACUUGAUGAGAACAGGCGAAGGAAGCGCAGCAUAGAAGGAGUUGGUGAAGUGAGUGAGCAGUGAGCAGAGAAAAAUGGGUUCGAAGGGGAAGAAGAAACACUCACAAAACGACGACAUUCUGGAAACCCUAGGAGACUUCACGAGCAAAGAGAAUUGGGACAAGUUCUUCACCCUCCGCAGCGACUCCUUCGAGUGGUACGCGGAAUGGCCCAACCUCCGCGACCCUCUCCUCUCCCUCCUCCGCACACUCUCCUCCUCUCAGUCCCACCCUCUCCCCCUUCCGCUCCUCGUCCCCGCCUGCGGAAACUCCCGCCUCUCCGAACACCUCUACGACGCCGGCCACACCGCCAUCACCAACGUCGACUUCUCCAAGGUCGUCAUCUCCGACAUGCUCCGCCGCAAUGUCCGCGACCGUCCUCUCAUGCGGUGGCGCGUCAUGGACAUCACCGCCAUGCAGUUUGAGGACGAGAGCUUCAGUGCGGUUAUUGACAAGGGUGGAUUGGAUGCGUUGAUGGAGCCCGAGCUCGGCUCCAAAUUGGGGAACCAGUACCUCUCCGAGGUGAAGAGAGUUUUGAAGCCUGGGGGCAAGUUUGUGUGUCUUACCUUGGCUGAAUCUCAUGUACUAAAUAUACUUUUCUCAAAGUUCCGACUUGGGUGGAAAAUGAGUGUUGAUGCCAUACCUUUGAAGUCUUCUGGUAAACCUAGCCUUCAAACGUUUAUGGUGGUUGCGGAGAAGGAGCUGUCUACUUUAGUGCAUCAAAUUACUUCAUUGCUCCCUAAUUCUUCACUUCAUUCUAAUUCAAAACAGGUUUCUGGACUCCAUGAAGCUCUUCAAAAUGAGAAUCAAAUUCGUGAAAAAUACUCCAGUGGUUCUGAUAUAUUAUAUUCUGUGGAUGAUCUGCAAGAGGAGCUGCCAAAGCUUUCUCAAGGUCGGCGAUUGCAGCUAACUUUGGGUGGACAAGGUUACUCUGCUUUUUCUUAUAGAGCUGUAAUUCUUGAUGCUGAGGAACAGGCUGACCCAUUUACGUAUCACUGUGGGGUUUUCCUUGUGCCUAAGAUUCGCACACGUGAAUGGCUUUUCUAUUCUGAAGAAGGACAGUGGAUGGUGGUCAGAAGCUCCAAAGCAGCUCGUCUCAUAAUGGUUUUCUUAGAUGCCAGCCAUUCUGAUACCAGCAUGGAGGAGAUUCAGAAGGAUUUGUCUCCAUUGGUUAAAAUGUUGGCACCUGCAGAAAAUGAGAUUGGAGCUCAAAUACCUUUCAUGAUGGCAAGUGAGGGGAUCAAGGAACGAAACACCAUUCAGAAGGUCACAUCUUCAUUAACUGGAUCAAUUAUUGUUGAAGAUGUAAUUUAUGAAAAUGUUGACAGUGAAGUCAGUUGUAUUUUUCCUUCUAGAGAGUUGGUGUUUCGACGCCUUGUAUUCGAGAGAGCUGCAAAUUUGGUGCAGUCUGAAGCUCUGCUGAAAGAUGAACAGUUACCUACUAAAUUGGUCAGUGAGACAGGGAGGAAGAAAAACAAUGCAUCUUCUAAAUCUAGAAAAGGUGGUUCUCAGACACACAAUGUUGGAGCAAGCAGUCAUUUGACACUGACAGUCUAUCAUGGCUAUUUAGCUAGUUCUUAUCAUACAGGGAUUAUUUCAGGAUUCACAUUAAUAUCUUCUUACAUGGAAAAUGUGGCAUCAAGUGGGAAAAUGGUAAAAGCAGUAAUUAUAGGUCUCGGAGCUGGUUUACUUCCCAUGUUUCUUCAUGGAUGUAUACCCUUUUUGGAAAUUGAGACCGUGGAGUUAGACCCUGUCAUUGUUGAUGUUGCAAGGGACCACUUCAGUUUUGUUGAGGAUAAACGCUUGAAGGUGCAUAUUGCUGAUGGGAUUCAGUUUGUCCAAGAGAUUGGCAGUUCUGGAGUAACUCAGAUUCAUGGAAAAAUUAAUGAUCCUAGCCAUACCAAGUCUCCUGUAAAUGCGAGUUCAACUGUGUCUCAUGCUGAUGUAGAAGCAACAAAAGUUGAUAUAGUUAUUGUUGAUGUUGACUCUUCAGAUCCAAGCUCAGGAUUGGCAUGCCCUGCUCCGGAUUUUUUGGAAGAGUCUUUUCUUGAGACUGUAAAGGAUAAACUUUCAGAGGAAGGUCUUUUUGUUGUCAAUUUGGUGUCACGGUCCCAAGCCAUUAAGGAUCUGUCUCUCUCGAGAAUGAAAAAGGUCUUCAGCCACCUUUUCUGCCUCCAGCUUGAUGAGGACGUCAAUGAGGUUCAUUUUGCCCUCAAAUCGGAGUCCUGUAUUGAGGAUAACUGUUUCUCUGAAGCUUCUCUUAAACUCGAUAAAUUGUUAAAGUUUAAACAUCCGGAGAUAGGUCAAAACAUUAUCAAUGCGACUAAAAAAAUCAGACGUUUGAAGUGAAACUAGCUCUCCUUCCUAGCUAUCGUUACGAGCAUGACACUCUUCAUCUGUUUGAAUGCUUGCUUUCUCAAACGCAGAAGUGAUUUCAGCCAAUAUUUGUCAUUGAUCUGCGGAUUGGAUUGUCUAGUACCAAUCAAUCAGUACUGGUUGAGUGAUGUAUAAAACUUGUGAUAAUAUUGUAGUGCUUUCACACUUUAUUUCGUAUGGGUGUUUCAAUUUUUGAGGGUUUAUGAUAACAUUCCCUGGAAUAACGUGCUGUGUCAAUAGUGUUCUCUAGGAAAUGUUUAUCGUUAGAUUUGUUUGGCGCUAGCCUUUAAAAAGUUUUCCUGGAAAUACUUUUUAGAAUUCUUGGAAGGGUAAUGCUAUUUCUUUCUAUA